AUGCCUUGGCACCCACUUCCGCGCAUCGCCUUUGCCGUGGCAACUUUUCCCUUCACCGCCGAACGACCUGCCGACCUCCCCCUCGAAAUUGGCGAUGAGCUCUACAUUAUUGAAGAGACUGCCGACGGCAACUGGUUGAGAGGCUAUCUCGUUGCCCCUCCCAGUCUGCUCGCAGGUCUCACCUCUGUCCAGGGCCAGACCCUCGAGGCCAGAGUCUUUAGCGGCAUCUUUCCUCGAAGCUGCGUCGAAAUUCGAGAGAUGCUUGGCGAAUCCGAAGACGGAGACCAUGAAUCCAACCGAGAUGACCAAGAUGCCCAACCUCACCACAAUGACCCGCGUCAAGACGAGAACGCGUCCGAGGAUUCGGCCAAGGGUGGACUCGAAAGUGAUGUCGAAAACACCGACAAACAAUUCAAGACAAGGUCCACACGCAAACGUCGAGCACCUUUGCAAGAACUUCCCUACGGCACAAAUUCGAAGCUAUCAGUGCAUGUCAAGCGUGAUCCAAGAAUGCCACGCCCUCCAGCGCCAGUACCAAUGCUCAAAAUCGGCGACGAAACACCCACAUCCGCAUCCGAACCCUUAAUAGACGAAAUAUCUUCCUGCCUGCGCGAAUGGCAUUCCAAGAAUCUUCACCAACUUCUCCUCUCCAGAGAGUACGCCAAGCUAGACAAGCUCUCCCAACUCAUCACCAAACUCAAUUUGCACCGUCAGCAGUUUCUAUACAAUGUCCUCACCGCGCGAGAGUACGAGACUCUUCGAGAAAAGACGGUAUGGGAUUUGGUCCAAGUUAAUAAGCUUUGCGGCGGCGAAGUCAUUGUGCGCGACCCUGGAGCUCGCGGCCGCAUCUUGACUGGCGAGGAUUCUGCCGUAGCUCUCACAGAGCUGCAGUCUACCAUGAGUGUUCUUGAUGAACCCCCAAAGCCAACAAUCGAACUAGCUAGCUUACACCACCUGCUUCUCGACAUUAAAGGCUUUGCUGGCACCUCUACAGAAGAAACCUGCCUUGUUGCCUACCUCGCUAGCAAGCCGCACCAUGACAAGCCAAUCAAUCUCUCAGAGGCUUUCAGUAUCGACGUUCCUGCAGGUCGCACUAUGGGUAGUCUUAUGCAGGACGGUGCUACCCGAACGCUAUUCACCGAUCUGUCCAGUGUUGAUAUCGGCGAUGUCUCUGCCCCCGAAUCAGAUCUCUAUCUUGUUGUCAAGGUCCUAUCUCCUCAAAGAAUCGAAAUGACGUCGCCCCAGACCAGAUCAGGCAGUGUAGGCGACAACUACUACACCCGAGAACAUACCAAGUCACUACCGGUUGGCGGUGGCAAGGGCUCGAGGAGAAGCUUCAUGUGGGCUGCCAAGUCCACGAGAUCUACCUUCUCGCGAGGCUCUGCGGUCAACAAAAUGGAUGCUGUCAAUGAGCACCAAGGAGAUCGGCCUUACUCCAAUCGCACAGCGAGUCGGGAUGAUCAUGGCCCACCAAGUACUGCCGGAUCGCAAGCUAGCAUGGCAACUGACGAGGCUCAGACGGCCCAGCGCACGGUUGGCGUUGGUGUUAUGAAACUGAAUGCUAUUAUGAAGCAAGAUGAAGACAUUGAACAUGUUAUCAGCAUCUGGGCGCCUUCCAAAAGACCCAUGACGGAUAAGGAAAUGGGUGAAGAGUGGAAUCCCUUGAUUCGAGAAAUUAUGGGCAACUCCUCAGAAUCGUUCGAGAGAGCGAGACGUGGCGAGCGACUUCAAGUCUCGCUCAAGGCCUUUGAUCACCCAGACCCGGAUGCUCUCAUCAAAGCGACGCCGACAAUUCUGUCUGGGGUGUCGAAAACCAGCAGAAUUGGUUUCUCUGGUGCACCAACGCGACCCAGAUCUGACAUCUACUUGACUGUCAAUGCCGCGGCCCUUGCGAAGCAAAAUCUCCUCUCUAGAUACGGGGGAAGCGCUACCGGUAUGUCGCCGGGAAUGCAGGCCUCUAAUUUGCAGGUCACGCUAGAGGUUCGACAUCGAUCCGGAAAAAAGAUUGAAAACUGCAUAUUCCCCUCGUCCAAUAGCAAUGGCUUGACUACUUUCAAAUCCGUCGCUACUGAGCGCGGAGAGGCGUGGAACCAAACUCUGCGCUUAUCGUUACCAUCAGACGAUGUUGCCAGUGCCCAUGUUGUCAUGUUUGUGAGCGACAUGCCAAGCCCCCCGUUUGCCGUCGCACACAUACCUCUCUGGGACCGGGAAGCGUUCAUUCGUGAUGGUCCACACGGGCUGCUACUCUAUAAGAUAGAUGAGCAUACCUCGACAGCGCAAGCGGGACCGACGGGCAAGGGUGGCUAUCUUUCCACUGUUUGGGCACCAAGGGGCCGGGAUGAACGCUCAGUCGAAGUGACUGGGCCGCUUGCCUUGCUUCUCAUAGAGACAUUCCUGUGCAGCACGCGAUUCUCGCAAGACCGCGUAAUUCUCGGACUUUUGAAGUGGAAAGACCUAGCCCAAGAGGAUCUUGCCGCUGUGCUGCGCCAAAUCAAUUUUGUGCCCGAAAUCGAGAUUGUGAAGCUGCUUGGCGACGUCCUCGACGGCUUAUUCGGCAUUUUGGUUGAGCACUCUGGUAACAAUGAGUACGAGGACCUUGUUUUCACGGCUCUGGUCAGAGUGCUGGGCAUUGUUCACGACAGACGAUUUAAUCUGGUUCCUCUGGUUGACCAAUACGCCGAAAUGCAGUUCAAUUAUCCCUUCGCGGCUUCUUGUCUUGUUCGUGCUCUUACACGUCUGCUUCAGCACCCGACAGAAACCGAGACUGCUCGCAAGCUGAGAUCUACUUUCAAGAUUGUCAGGCACAUCCUCAAGUUCAUCACACAAGCGCGCAGCCAGCAACGCGCCAAGGAGGCAGGAAUCGGUAUCAAGACUUCGGCACAGGGUUUCACGAAACAACUCAAGUCGAUCUUCAAAGCUCUCGAGGAAAUGAUGCGAAACCCGGCCCCUGUUUUGGUUGGUAGCCAGACUCUAGUUGUGCAGCACUUUCAUACAUGGCUACCUGAGCUCACGGAUAUGCUUACAGCUGAAGACAUUCUGCAUAUUGCCAUCGACUUCAUGGACUCCUGCACUGAUGUCAAAGGCAAGCUGACACUGUACAAACUUGUUCUCAUCAUCAACUACUCUAAAUUGGAUAUUUUCAGCCACCCUGACCAGAGAUCCGCUCUGAGUGCCAACACUGUUCGCUGGAUAAGUCCUCAUUGGGGUCACUGCCCGGACAUGACCGACCAGUGGAAAAACCAAAUUCGACUAUGCUGUUCUAUUCUUGCCAACCAACUCGACUACAUUGGUCCUGAAAUUCCAGACCACGCACCUAGAGCUAUUGACUCCUAUCUGUCGAUUCUCGCUUCCCCCCCACCGGCACGAAAGAAGCUGUCGCUGCUAUUCCCUUCAUCCUACCCGUUUCCGACCAAAACUACUGUACACAUUGUCGAAUUUGACGAAGCUUUGGCUGAACUGUCCGCCAUUCUGUCAGCAAUCUCGAGUUCGCCAGUCGGGAUGCAGUUGGAAUUGGCAGACAGCAACAUUCAGACAAUGUUGGAGAAUGUCCUCCAGGUACAGAUAAGCAUUUUGAAGGGAGAGGCAUUCCCGGAAGGCUGGCUGAGUGUACACAUUUAUCAUCACAAGUCCGCCAUGCGCACACUUCAGUACUUGGCCACGAUUCUCUUGGAAUCCUUCCUACCUCAUCCUGAUGAUGCCGAAACUUUCAACACCGACCUGUGGAGACUGUUCUUCGAGACGCUACUUCAACUCGUUGGAAGCCCUUCGCUUGCCCUGGAAACGUUUCCUGAGCAAAAGAGACGAGCUGUCUGGAAAAUUGCCGGCGAUGUGCGUGAGGAUGGCGCUGCCCUUCUACGUAGAACGUGGGAGGCCAUUGGAUGGGACGCAAGCAACGAAGAACGCACGAGAUACGGACUGGCUAAGAUGGGUGGUUAUCAAGUCCAGUAUGUCCCUGGCCUAGUAGGACCAAUUGUGGAGUUGUGUUUGAGUGUGCAUGAAGGCCUGAGAAGAAUGGCUGUCGAAGUCUUGCAAACAAUGAUAGUCAGCGAGUGGACUUUGAGCGAGGAUCUCUCAGUCAUCCAAACGGAGAUGGUCGACUGUCUCGACAUUUACUUCAAAACCAAGCCUUUGACAGAGAGCGUUUUGCAAAAGCUUUUCCUCGGAGAACUAAUGGAGAGAUUUGUGGCUCUUUCAGGCGAUACCGACGAGCCGUUGACGGAGGCACUCCAGGAUCUUACUGCAACAUUGGAUGAGUUUCUGGAUCUUCUUGUUGCCGUUCACAGCGGGGAUAACGGAAGCGGAGCGUCGGACAUUAUCAAUCGGCUUCGACUCAUGGAGUUCCUUCGAGAUAUGCAGAAGGAGGAGAUCUUCGUGCGAUACGUUCACCAGUUGGCCAGCCUGCAGGCCGAAUCACGCAACCAUGCUGAGGCUGGUCUAGCACUGCGAUUGCACGCCGAGCUCUAUGAGUGGGAUCCAAAUCGAGAAACUGGCGCAAUGGCUGAUCCAGAGUACCCGGCCCAGACACACUUUGAGCGCAAAGAAAGGAUAUACUUUGACAUGAUCAAGCACUUCGAAGAAGGCGAGUCUUGGAGCAAUGCAUUGACAGCUUAUAAGGAACUCCAGGCGCAAUACGAGACCAAUAUUUACGACUUUGCCAAGCUCGCACGAGCUGAGCGUGCCAUUGCUUCUAUUUACGAAACCAUCUCGAAGAGCGACAGGCUUGUUCCCAAAUAUUUCAAGGUGAUUUAUCGUGGUCUUGGCUUCGCAACCACCCUUCGCGACAAGCAAUAUAUCUACGAAGGCCCUCCCGGCGAGCGCGCUGCAGCGUUCACGGACAGGAUGCAGGAGCAGUAUCCGUCGGCGAAAAUUAUCACGGCGGAGGAUGGCGACGAAGUCGAAGGACAGUUCUUGGUCAUUUCUGUAGUGACGCCACACCGCGAUCUGACGCACCCGAUUUACCAGCGGACUCGCAUCCCUCAGGUUAUUCGCGAUUUCUUGCUCUCCUCCCACCCGCAAGUGUUUUCUAUUACGGCCAAGCGUAGUACGUCUGGACCUGUUCACGAACACUACUCCCAGAAGCUGCUUUUCACCUCUGCGGAGCCCUUUCCGACAAUUCUCCGCCGGAGUGAGAUUAUUGACGUCAACGAACUUGAAUUGUCGGCGCAUGAGACGGCUUUGGAGCGCAUUGUGCGCAAGACGCAGGAAAUGGCUGCUUUGGAGCGGCGCAUCUCGGAAGGCGAGGAACAGAACAUGCAGCUCCUUUUGGACGCUGUAGCAGUUUCAGUGAAUCCCAACUCUGAUCAAAGCGUAUCUUGCUAUCGCAAACUACUCCCCGAACCAAAAAGCGACAACGAGGAUGAGGAGGAUGAUGAGGAGGACGAGGAGGAAGAAGAGCUCAGCCCCAGCAACGGAGCUAUCAAGACAGCUCUUAUUGACCACGCCAUGAUGCUCAAGAAGUGCUUGUCACUAUUUGGCCGAACCAAGUCGGACCCUUUUGCUGCCAACAGGUACGACGAAUUGGCUCGGCACUUUGAGAACACGUUUGCUCCCGAAAUUCUCACUUUUGCCCCCCCGCCGCCUGUCAAAGAAUUGAUAUCCACGCCGUCGACUAUUUUUCGAGGCACGUCACCCUCGAUUGAGCAGAGCCCUAGGUGGCAGACUGUUAUUUCCCCGAAUGGCGGCGCAAAACUAGAGGAAGCUUCCGUGGUUCGCCGUGUGUCUCUGCAACAGCCACGAGGUACGCGCUUGAGCUUCCUCGGCGGUAAGAAGAGCAGCAUCGACCCGCAACCCGACCUGAACGGCAUCAGUGAAUCACCGAGGAGCCAUGUCCACAGGCGAAGCCUGAGUAAAGAAAACGGAAUGCGACAGGCCAUCUUUCGAUCACAGUCAAGCGAAGCGACCAACGGGGAGCGACGAGGUAGUUCGACGAGCACCGAUAGACGCCAGUCGCAGGAUGACAAUGACACGCCAGCAAAAGAGUCUGGCUUGAUGAAGCGGGGCAACAGCGUGCGAAAAAGAUUCAGUCUGCUCAAAUUGGGCAUCAAAAACAAGAACAGUGCAGUCAUGGGCAGCGUUGACGAAGAAUAA